AGAGCUGCGGCAUUCACUGGCCUGGCCCCUCUUGCUUCUCUCUGACAACUCAGAGCUCACUCUCCUCUCUCCAGCCAUGAUCUCCAGACAGCAGGGUGUCCGAGGCGGAUCCCAGGGCUUUAGCGGUAGCUCGGCUGUCGUAGGUGGGGUCAAGCGGGUUGCUUUCAGCUCGGCUUCCAUGUCUGGGGGUGCAGGCCGUAGCUCCUCUGGGGGCUUUGGCAGCAGGAGCCUCUACAACCUCGGGGGAAACAAGAGCAUCUCCAUGAGCAUGGCCGGAUGCCGGCAAAGUGGUGGCUUUGGGGCUGGAGGAGGUUUUGGUGUUGGGGGAGGUUUUGGGGCUGGCAGCUUUGGUGCUGGUUUCGGUGCUGGCAGCUUUGGUGGUGGAUUUGGGGGCUCAUUUGGUGGACGGGGUGGUUCUGGCUUCCCUGUCUGCCCUGCUGGGGGGAUUCAGGAGGUCACCAUCAACCAGAGCCUGCUGACCCCACUCCAUGUGGAGAUCGACCCCGAGAUCCAGAAGGUCCGAACUGAGGAGCGAGAGCAGAUCAAGACCCUCAACAACAAGUUUGCCUCCUUCAUCGACAAGGUGCGAUUCUUAGAGCAACAGAAUAAGGUCCUGGAAACCAAGUGGAACCUCCUCCAGCAGCAGACAACCACCACAUCCACCAAAAACCUGGAUCCCUUCUUUGAGGCCUACCUCAGUGCCCUUAGGAAGCAGCUGGAUUCCUUGGUCAAUGACAAAGGACGCCUGCAGUCUGAGCUGAAGACCAUGCAGGACAGUGUGGAGGACUUUAAGACCAAGUAUGAAGAGGAGAUCAACAAGCGCACAGCUGCUGAGAAUGACUUUGUGGUGCUUAAGAAGGAUGUGGAUGCUGCCUACAUGACCAAGGUGGAGUUGGAGGCUAAGAUGGAUGCCCUUAAUGAUGAGAUCAACUUCCUGAGGGCCCUCUAUGCUGCGGAGCUGUCCCAGAUGCAGACCCAUGUCAGUGACACUUCCGUGGUCCUUUCCAUGGACAACAACCGCUGCCUGGACCUGGACAGCAUCAUCGCUGAAGUCAAGGCCCAAUAUGAGGAGAUCGCUCAGAAGAGCAAGGCUGAGGCUGAGGCCCUGUACCAGAGCAAGUUCCAGCAGCUCCAGACCUCAGUUGACCAAUAUGGUGACAAUCUGAAGAACACCAAGAGUGAGAUUGCAGAGCUCAACAGGAUGAUCCAGAGGCUGCGGUCUGAGAUUGAGAACGUCAAAAAGCAGUGUCAGACUCUGCAGGCCUCCGUGGCUGAUGCUGAGCAGCGUGGGGAGCUGGCCCUGAAAGAUGCCUUCAGCAAGCGCACAGAGCUGGAGACUGCUCUGAAGAAGGCCAAGGAGGAGCUAACCCGGAUGCUGCGGGAGUAUCAGGAGCUCAUGAGUGUGAAGCUGGCCCUGGACAUUGAGAUCGCCACCUACCGCAAGCUGCUGGAGGGCGAGGAGUGCAGAAUGUCUGGAGAAUGCCAGAAUGCUGUGAGCAUCUCUGUGGUUGGUGGUGCUGUCAGCGCAGGAGGCAUUGGUGGAGGAAUAGGAAGCUGCUCUGGAUUUGGCCUGGGCGGAGGCUUUGGCUCUGGCUCUGGAAGUGGCUAUGGGUUUGGUGGUUCCAGCAAGAUCAUCUCUUCCACCACCUUGACCAAGAGAUCCCACCGAUAGAGGAGAUGAGAUGCCUGCAGCUUCCUGAGCCCAGCUGGGCCCAGUCUUGGUGUCUCUGUGCUUCCUUCACCUCCGCCUCCACGCUACCUUUCUGGGACUCAUCUCACCAGUGUCAUCUCAGUGCCGGAGUGUGGACUCUGCCCUUUUGGAGUUUGGUAAUUUCUUCUCAAUGUGGACUUGGUGACUUACCUGUAAUGGGAAGGUUGUCAGCUGACUCUUCACCCACAUGGACAGAGGAGAACAAAACUACACGCUUCAUCUUCAGAAUAAUUGGGAUCAUAUUCGUGCCCUCCCAGCCCAGUGCCAUCUCCUACCAGAUCCCAGAUAUCUCUCUACAUCAGGACCAACUCCUUCUCUAUCACUUGGCAGCAACUGACCCUGCAAGGUCAGGACAAGAACCACUCAGUGUCCCAUCUAACUCUUCUCCUUCCUUCUAUCCAUCUAUGGGUGAAUUUUCAAUAAAAUGCUUUUGUCAUUCA